UCAAUUAGAGUAUGACAACAGGUUAUGAUUUAGAGCCGCACGGUUAACCGUUGAAAUAUCGCGAUCUCGAUCCAAACGCCCGCACAAUCUCAUUAAUGAAAAUCCAUGAUUUUCGAGUGUCUAUUAACAUAUGAGAAACACAUUCAUUAUUCUGUUACAUAUCAGUGCACAUAUAUGGUCUAUUAUUAAAUUUAACUGUUACGUAGAUCGUGUUGCCUGCCUGUCUAUCAACGUUUGUUUAUACGUUUGUCUUUUCAAAAGUUCUGUAGCGUUUCAUGAAGUUAAUUGAGUUGGCUCCUGCGAUUUCGGCUAAACAACGUCUUCAAAACUUGUCGCGUGACUUCCGAUAAGGGAAUAUAGGGAGCAGUAGUGAUGGGAAUUAUGAUUCAUUUGAGUGAUUCGUUCUUUUUCAGUUCGUUCACCAAAAUGAUUCGUUCAGUGACCAACGAACGUAUUAAUGGACGUAUAAACUGAUUACAGGCUUUAUUAAAAUGUGUGUCUCUGAUCUACUCAUUAAAUAAAUAAAAUAAGUUUAAAUAAGUGGUUCAGAUGACCAACGCACAAGGUUUUUCUGCAUAAUUUAAAAGUUAAUUGUUUGGUCAUUUACACAUUCAUAAAUCUGAGAUUAUGUUAAACGUAAAGUUUAUGUAUUUUAAAUAAACAAGCGUGCAAAAGUAGCCUACUGUAACUGCGCUUUGCAUCCGCUUUCUGCUGAUUGCUGAACGAGACUCACAUCCUAAAUGACCGACCUACAGUGUACAGUCUCGUUCAUUUCGUUCACGGUCUCGUUCAGAGUGACUCAACAGCGACUUGGUCAGUAUGGGCGUAUUCGUUCAGUGGAAGAUCUAACCAAUUACACGUCCCUUCACAGCCGGAACUGGAAUGCUAUUUGCUGACGUGACGCGAAUGAGAGCUAACCAAUACUUUUUUGUUUUUCAGAUUUUAGAGAAGACUAAACGUAAUGAAGUCGUUUUUAUUUGAAAGAACAAUAAAUGAUACAAAAUGCACCCAAAACACAUGUGCUUGCAGUACAAUAACUGAGUAAACAGGGCUUGACAUUUUCCAUGCAAUAAAAAUGACAAUGUUCAUUUGUUUUUGUUACAUUUAACCAUCAGCUUGCAUUAUAUUAUUUUCGUAAGGAUCUUUACAUUGUGUCCGUUUCUGUACUUGUUGAACAAGAGACCUCAUCUUUCAUUUCGUUUACGAGUGAGAAGUAACAGCUCGUUCACGAACGAGAAUCAGCGGGUCCUUUCGUUCACUUACGAACGAGAUGACUGAUCGUUCAUUUCGUUCAUGAACGAGAAUCAGCGGGUCUCGUUAAGACUCAAACACAGGCUCGUUCGUUCAGUGAAGGGCGUAUUCGUUCAGUACAUUUAACCAAUCAUAUGCUCUGUCAAAGCUCACUCUCGAACGCCAUUGGCUCGUGCUUGAGACACUCUUUUAAGCCAAGACGCUCUGUGCUCGAGGGAGAGAUUUCAGUGAACGAGAAAUAUGAGUCAUUGCAUUUCGUGAACGAGAACGAUUCGUUCACUUAAAAGAUUCGUUCAAAAAGAACGAUUCGUUCACGAACGAAACAUUACUAUUUUUGCGGUACAUUGUGGGAAUCUUUAGGGAACGAACAUUUCAGUGCACUGGAAGGAUUUUGCGAAUGAGACACGUUAUUACGGUAAAAAACACGUCUUGAGAGUGUGUGGCGCUUUUCACUGUAUUUACGCUAAUAGAGAAGCUGUGCUACAAGAGCUUUCAUCGAGGUGAACAGCAUUUCCGGUUUUAGGUUAUUUUAAACUGUUUACAGGGAGGUUUGCAAUGGCAAUGGUUCCCACAACCUCUCCACACUGGAGGUGGGAGUUGGGGGAUUUCCUCAUCACCAGAAGUCAGCAAGUCUGGCUUUUUUCAGAUGGGACAGGACACAGUGCCAGGCUUUGGAUAUAAGCCUCAAAUGAAAGGGCUAUGAUUACAGAAGAACUCAGCCAUUUGUCCAGUUGCCCCCACCUAAUGGAGAAAGUUGGCAAGGUGUGGAGCAACCUGAAGAGGGGAUGUCAAUCUCUGCUUCACCCAGAAGGUGGAUCCCGUGUUGAAACGACACAACAGUUUGAAUCCCAGAUAGACACGGUAUGCCACAGUGUGCACAGGGCUCAGGGAGAAAACAUGUUGGAGGCAGCUAGUCCCUCUAGCAGUGUGGCAGCACUCCCUCUAGUGGCAUGGAGGACCAGUGGAGGUGCGUCACAACGGGGCCAUAACUGUGUAGCGGAUGUACCCCAGAUACUAGAGAUCACAGUUGAGCAGGACACUGAAGAUACUCGUGCUCCCCUGGGAACUCGCAGAGAUUCUUAUUCACGCCAUGCACCUUGGAGUGGAAAGAAGAGACACUCGUGCUCCACGAAGGCUCAGAGUUCUCUGGAGACUACCGAAAAGCGAUCGGGCCGCUCUCUGCGUAGACAUGGGACUGGUAGCAGCCGGGAGGACAUAGAAUCAGGGACAGUACGUUCACUACGUCAACAGAUCCAUGAUACAGUGGGUCUGUGCCUCCCGUUGCGCUCAUCCUCUCGAAGCAACCACCUUCCACAACCCAAACGAAAAAUCCAAAUUACAGAGCUAAUGCUGGAGACAUGCCCCUUCGCACCGGGAUCAGACCUAGCUCGAAAAUGGCAUCUUAUAAAACAGCACACAACACCUGUCAACGUGAUGCAGGUGGAUCCAUCAUCGGACGCCUGCGGUGCUACCUGCGCAUCACCAGAGGAUGAGGAGGAACGCUUGCGAGAAAGAAGACGGCUCAGCAUUGAGGAGGGCGUGGACCCACCUCCUGAUGCCCAGAUCCACACUGUGGAUGCCAUCACAGCCCCCUUAGCUUCUCUUUAUAAGCUGGGACCCAAGCUGCCACCUGGAAUGGGUGAGUCCUUAAGUGGGGGGGCAACUGCAGUUAACUGUGACUCUGAGGACGAUGACACCACCACACUUUGCUUGCAAGCUCGCAGGCCAAAGCAACGUCACUCUUCGGCGGAAGGCCAUCUGGGCGGCAAGCAAACAGGUCCUUGGAAAAUACACACCCAGAUCGACUACAUCCACUGCCUGGUUCCAGAUCAGCAGCAGAUCACGGCACUGUCCUGCUACUGGGGCGUGAUGGACCGCUAUGAGGCCGAAGCGCUACUGGACGGUCGGCCCGAGGGCACCUUUCUGCUUCGGGACUCUGCACAAGACGACUACCUUUUCUCCGUUAGCUUCCGCCGCUAUGGCCGGUCUCUACAUGCACGCAUCGAACAGUGGAACCACAACUUCAGCUUCGAUGCGCACGACCCUUGCGUAUUUCACGCCGCCACCAUCACGGCACUAUUGGAGCACUACAAGGACCCUAGCGCUUGCAUGUUCUUUGAGCCACUGCUCACAGUGCCUCUGAAUCGGACCUUCCCUUUCGCCCUUCAAAGCUUGGCACGAGCUGCCAUUUGCCACAGGAUCACCUACGACGGCAUUGGGGCUCUUUCACUGCCUCCUGCCCUUCAGGACUACCUCAGGGAGUAUCACUUUAAGCAGAGGGUGCGUGUACGCUGGCUUGAGAGGGAGCCAAUCAAGGCCAAGUGAGGCAGACUCCUCAAGUCUAACAGGAAUAAUCCUUUCAGCACUUUGCAGGGGUGGAGGAAUUACACGGUUUUUGGGAGGGGACGGGCUUUGAUGUUUUGGGAAGUUGGGACCUGAAAUUGAACACUAUAUAUAAGCUUUUAACGUUUUUUAUCACUCUAACAAAAUAAACAAUAAGUAUACAGGUAAAAGUGGCUCUCCAGUGUGCACAUUUCACUACAGCUUUUGGACUAGACUGAAAAAACGGAGAUCUUAGUUUUGUUUUACCUUCUCCCUUAGUUCUCAAAGGCUUGUUUAAAAUGGAGCUGCACUUCUACAGAAUAUUUUCAUGCCGCUCUUUCAUAGCUUGGCUGUGUGGUAACUUCACCACAUACUUCAAGUCAAACACUUUCCUGUCUACCCCUUGAGUCUCUUGUAAUAUUGCUGGCAAAAUUUGAAGGGGAGGCGAAAUGGAAGGGUAAUCUUCAAAUAUUUUUCCACCUUCUUUCAUCAUCCUUAGCUUUCAUGGUGCUCUGUCAGUGGUUCCCAUGGUAACGUUCUGCGCUCUUUCCGUGGCUAAAGGUGGCGGCAGUCUGCAGCAGGAAAUAAAAAAAGAGAUCCACAAAAGAUAGAUUGGAUCUUUGUGUCCAGAUGGCUUUCAAAAUGUAGUGCAGUGGAGAGAAGGGCUCUGUAUUCGGCUUCCUAUACACGUCCAGGAAGUGACAAGGAUGACGAUGUGCAAAACAUCAUGUGACAUCAGAGCACUUGGAUUAAAAAAACGUUACUCACACGAUGCGUUUUGUUGCUUUCAAGUUUUCAAGUUUUUCUAAAUGUUAAUUCCAACCACUAAUUGCACAGGGGGGUGACUAAUUCUAUAUAGUCGUUUUUUGUAUUGUUGUGAAUGGUCUGUCAGUGCCCUGAAAGUUGGGCGCUGGUGAAGAGCACUUUAACUUUAGCUGUGCUUGUGUUAGUGGGAGCAGCAAAGGGCAAUACAUGAACGUGCUACACUGGGACCAUUGUUGUUAGGUAUGAACACCCUUUUUUUGUAUGAAAACACUCGCUUUGUCUAACCCCCAUUGGUCUGUUGAGGACAGAGUAUGUUAUGAGGUGACCCAUAAGUGUCAUAGGAUCAGGAGGGCUUGUUACGGCCUUCAUGAUUUUGGGAUGAUUUUAGUAAUUAUUUAAUGAUUAUGAGUACGUUUGAGUACGAUACGCUUAUUCAUUUAACACUUUCCCCCAAAGUAGCUUACAAAAGAGGUAGGGAGGUUCAGGGUUUACCUAGAAGAAGCUUUAUAUUACAUUAAAGGCCUCUAUAGCCAAACCAGCUUCUUGAUCAGGAAUUCAGAAUAAGUCAGAGCCAGCGCUUAAAAAUCUUGAACUAAAUUGAGGGCAUUCAAAUGCUAUAGAAAUGUGUUUUUGAUUCAUAUAAGAGAGAGGAAAAGACCCUAUGAAUAUUGUUUUACUCUUGUUGGUUCAGUCCCAACAUCCAUACACCUACAUCAACAGAAACCCAAUGACUUAAAAAGAUAGCUCACCCAAAAAUGAAAUUUCUUUAUUAUUUAGUCACACCUAUGUCAUUUCAAACCUGGUGGCCAAACAACAUUGUACUCUGUUGAUCUCCAUUGCAUGGACACAAAACCACUGAGAAAAUAUAUUUGUUUGUGUUCCACAGGAAAAAGAUUCACAUACAGGACUUGAACCACCUGAGAGUAAAUAAAUGAUCAUUUUCAUUUUUGGGUGAACUGUCCCUUUAAGCAAUGUGCCUUCAUGCAUCUAAACCUUUUAGCUUAUAUGGUGUGCUAAGUGGAUGUGUUACCAUCAGUGGUCAAAUUGGAAAGACAUCUUAGUCCAAUGACUCUGCUUACACCAGAGCAUUUUCUUUAUGGGAGUGGUGAAUGAUGCAUUGAUGGUACUACUAGGGCUAUGGCUGUUUAAUCUCAAACAUUUCUGACUUGUUUUCAUUUGAUGAGACCGAUCAGGUAGAACUGCCAAAUGCUAACGUUAGGCUAAACUCAGGCACGUAACACAAACAGCAUGGCACAGUGCAAGCUUUGUGUGCUUAUGUGUGUAGGUUGCACUGCCCUCGUCCUCCCUGUCUCGAACCGUUUGAGAUUUCUGUUGACCUGAAAAGUUCCGUUUCAUUUGCUCCUCCCAGACUGCAGUAAUUUAUCCCGGUGCAUUUGAAAUCGUCUUCCUGCACAUUAUCCCAUCGAGUCUUUGGUUUUCUUUUGCACAAGAGGGGAUGUCAGGGUCUCCAUGGGUACAUUCAGAGACAUCACUUGAAAUUAGUGCAAUUUAGAGGCUCGGCUGGGAAGGUGACAGUGUAGCAAGUUCCUGGCAUCAGAUGCUUUUAAAUCUGAAGGGGACAGAUGUCCUGCUUACUGUUCACCUGUAAGGUGUGUCAUGUUUGUCUUUGCUCCGGACACUCCUCAGUGCACUAAUCCAUUAAACUUGAUGUGUACCGGUUUUCAUCAGGGGUGGAACUUGGUCAGAUGAGGAUGGAGAAGAUCUUUGUGUCGUCCUCUCUAGUUUCCCUAGUUUUAAAUAAUAGACUAAAAGAUCUCUCUUUUCUCUCUCGCUCUCUAUAUGUAUAUGUGCGCGUGUAUAUAUAUAGAUACAGAUUUUAAAAUGAAAUAUUUUUCGUAUUAGAAAGAAAUGCAAUAAUGUUCUUGGGCUUAGUUGUGAAAAACGUGACCAAAGGUUCUAGUUUUUAUUGUCACAGAGGGAGAGAAUGAAUGGAAAUGUCAUUGCAUUCAGUAACCAUCCUUUCGAAUUACAAACAUGUUUUAAUCUAGUUUUAGACCUAAAAGGUGAGAAUUGGCUAACUCUGUUGAUUUUUUUCAUUGGAUUUUAAAAGUGCCUUUUCUUAAUACCACAAUACACUCUCUUUAAAUAAUCCAACUCUAGUGGAACCCAAUCUAGUAAAGCAAAGUUGUUGUAGAAAAUGCAACAGAAAUUAGUGUAAAAUCAUCAAAAUGAAUUUGUGUACACAACAUUUUUAAUCCCCCUUAUUUAGAUAUCUAAAUUAAUAAGACCAUAUUUAUUUGAGCUCUUUACAGAAUGAUAUAGUUAAAUGUGUCAAAUGUAUAAACCAUUGGGUGUAUGAUUGAUUUAAAUAAUUGCACAGUAAGAGACAAUUUGCAUGGAUGGAAGCUAUGUUACAGAUUAUAAAGAAGGUUCUGGGAUGUAUGUGAUACUAUAGCUUUAGAUUGGCAGUAUGUGGCCUCAAAUGAUGUAUGGUUGUCAAUAAUCUUUAUAAGAGUAGAUGGAGUUUAUUUCAUUUCAUUCAAGGCAUUCUCCUAGGAUGUAACAAUACCUUGUCAAAAAAAAUAAGAGAACGUUGCAAGCCAUUUUUGUGCACAUUUCCAACAAGAACGAUGUUUUCUGUUCAAUGUUUUUUGUUGCAUUUCAAUACACAAACCAUAUGGAUGUGGUGUUCAGCAGUGAUGAAAACAAAAGUCAAUUGGCUUUCUGAGUUUGGUUUUAGAUUGAGAAAAUAAAAGUCUCUCACGUGAAGCAUCAAAAGUCUGUCAACUUUAGGCUCUAUAUUAUGCACAUUUGUUUUAGAUAAAGGGGCUGAAGGUGUGGGCUAGGACUGUGUGUCAUGAUGACCCUACUUGACAAUGAUUGGACUAAAGAUUUACCAAACCCUUGCACCACCCAUGACCUGCCUUUGUUUUUCUGAUUGGACCCUUGGGACUAAGCCCUCAAAACACUUUCUGCAUCAUACACCAUUGGGUUCUCUGGAGUGACGUGGAUAUCACUGUCUCUGGCCAUCUUAUGCAUUUUAUUUUUUACAUUUUGUUUUAUUUUAUUUUUUAUUAUUGGCACCUCUCUUCCCCUCUCUGUUAUCUUAUCCUUUCUUCAUUCUCUCUUAUGUACAGUUAUUGGUCCCUACCCCCAGGCUGUUACUGAGUUGUUCUGUUGUAUUAUUUUGUUUGACUGUGGGUUGCAGUUUGCUGUUUUAGGGGGGCAGAGGGUCGUGUGCUCGUGGCUCCGCAUGCCCCUCUUUCACCAGUAGCUGUCACUCUUGGUGCUCUUGGCUAAUGCUUCAUUGUCUUAAUAUUCAAAAAUAAAAGUGUUGUAUGUGUA